UAUUCCAUCCUCGAACCCCUCACCCCUGCACGCGCCCACGCCCCAGUCCAGUCUCCUUCCCCCUCUCCUCGCGCACCAGCACCGGGAGCCGCGUCGCCCGCCGGCCUCUCCCGACUCCCGAGCUCCCACUCCCAGGCUCCCAGCACCGGCGCGCGCGCGCGCGCGCAGCGGGGGGCAAUGGCCUCCGCCCGCCUCGCCGCGCUCGCCUUCCUCCUCCUCGCCCUGGGCGCGGCGCGCGCGGCGGACGAGGGCGAGGCGCGCGCGCUGCUGGCGCUGGGCGCCGCGCUGGACCCGACGGGCCGCCUGCUCCCGUCGUGGGCGCCCGGCCGGGACCCCUGCGGGGGCGGGUUCGAGGGCGUCGCCUGCGACGCGCGCGGCGCCGUCGCCAACGUCUCGCUGCAGGGGAAGGGGCUCGCCGGCACGCUCCCGCCCGCCGUCGCGGGCCUCCGCGCGCUCACGGGGCUCUACCUCCACUAUAACGCGCUCCGGGGCGGCGUCCCGCGGGAGCUCGCGGCGCUCCAGGGCCUCACCGACCUCUACCUCAACGUCAACAACCUCUCCGGGCCCAUACCGCCGGAGCUCGGCGCCAUGGCGUCCCUGCAAGUGGUGCAGCUCUGCUACAACCAGCUCACCGGGAGCAUCCCCACGCAGCUCGGCAACCUCACCAGGCUCACCGUCCUGGCCCUGCAGUCCAACCGCCUCUCCGGCGCCAUCCCGGCCAGCCUCGGCGGCCUCCCGCUGCUCGCGCGCCUCGACCUCAGCUUCAACAACCUCUUCGGCUCCAUCCCCGUCAGGCUCGCGCAGCUGCCCCGCCUCGUAGCGCUCGACGUCAGGAACAACUCCCUCACCGGCAGCGUCCCCGCCGAACUGGCGGCUAGGUUGCAGGCCGGCUUCCAGUAUGGGAACAACACCGACCUGUGCGGCGCCGGGCUGCCCGCGCUCCGCCCGUGCACCCCGGCGGACCUCAUCGACCCCGACCGGCCGCAGCCGUUCAGCGCCGGCAUCGCGCCGCAGGUCACGGCCCCCGACGGCGGCGGCGGCCACGGGCGCGCGCCGUCGACCAAGGCGCUCGCGGCCGUGGUCGUCGUCGCCGUGGCCCUCCUCGCGGCCACGGCGGCCGGCCUGCUCGCGCUCUCGUGGCGCCGGUGGCGCAUGCAGAGGGUCGCGGGGGGCUCGCCGCCCACGGUCGCCGGCGGCCGCUGCAGCACCGAGGCAGCCACGGCGAAGGGGUCGUCGGCCCGCAAGAGCGCGUCGUCGGCGCUGGCGAGCCUCGAGUACUCGAACGCCUGGGACCCGCUCGCCGACGCGCGGGGCGGCGCCGCGGGGCUCGGGUUCUCCUCACAGGACGUGCUGGCCCAGAGCCUACGGAUCAGCACGGAGGAGGUGGAGUCCGCGACGCGCUACUUCUCGGAGCUCAACCUCCUCGGGCGGCGCGGGAAGAAGGCCGGCGGGCUGGCGGCCACGUACAGGGGCACGCUGCGCGACGGCACCCCCGUCGCCGUGAAGCGGCUGGGCAAGACGUGCUGCCGGCAGGAGGAGGCCGAGUUCCUCCAGGGGCUCAAGCUGCUCGCCGAGCUCCGGCACGACAACGUGGUCGCGCUGCGGGGGUUCUGCUGCUCCAGGGCGCGCGGGGAGUGCUUCCUCGUCUACGACUUCGUGCCCAAUGGCAGCCUGUCGCAGUUCCUCGACGUCGACGCCGACAGCACCGCCGGCGGCGGCCACCGUGUCCUCGAGUGGUCCACGAGGAUCUCCAUCAUCAAGGGCAUCGCCAGAGGGAUUGAGUACCUGCACAGCGCGGGGCCAAGCAAGCCGGCGCUCGUCCACCAGAACAUCUCGGCGGACAAGGUCCUGCUGGACUACACCUACCGGCCGCUCAUCUCCGGGUGCGGCCUGCACAAGCUCCUCGUCGACGACCUCGUCUUCUCGACGCUCAAGGCCAGCGCCGCCAUGGGGUACCUCGCGCCGGAGUACACCACCGUGGGCCGGUUCUCCGAGAAGAGCGACGUCUACGCGUUCGGGGUCAUCGUGCUCCAGGUGCUCGCGGGCAAGCGGAAGGUGGCGGUGGCGGCGCAGCCGCCCGGCGACGUCGGGGAGCUCGUCGACGGCAACCUGCAGGGGAGCUACUCGGCGGCCGAGGCCGCCAAGCUGGCGGAGAUCGCCGUGGCCUGCACCGGGGAGGACCCGGACCAGCGGCCGACGAUGGCCGAGCUGCUCCAAGAACUGGGCACCGUCUGAUGAAUCUGAUGGAUGCGUACACAUUCAUCCGCUGUAACAAGUGUUCAUGCAAGAGUCACAUGCCUGACAGUGAGCCGUGUAUGGGCGCCCGUGUGUAACCUAGCUACUACUACUUGUCUAGGAUCACUAGUCAGUAAUCACUGAUCUUAGAAAAGCGUCUGAGCUAGCUACUAGCAGGCACUAAUCAGUAAUCGCUGAUCUUAGGAAGCACAUGCCUAGGAUCAUGAGGUCGAUCUUGUACGCUAAUGAUGUCUCAUUGUAUUACCGCCGCCCCGGAAAGCGUGCAUUCGCUGCACGCUGGUGACUUGGAUGUGCUCCUAUCUUUC